UUCCUCCAACGGAAGAGUUCGACUUCCGGCAUCAAAAAUCCAGUCACAGACAAUAUUGAGUUAUUUUUUACCGUUUUCUUGACUUUGAACGGAUGGUUUAGUGGAAAGGGUCUACCAAAAUGCCCCCCAAGCAAAGACGAAUAGCCAUUAUGGGCUACAGAUCUGUUGGUAAAUCGUCAUUAACAAUCCAGUUCGUGGAGAACCAUUUUGUCGACUCAUAUGACCCAACUAUUGAAAACACUUUUCAGAAAAUGAUAACAAUUCGAGGCCAGGAGUUUGCCCUUCAGCUUGUCGACACUGCUGGUCAGGAUGAAUACUCUCUACCUCCUCAGUCUUACUAUGUCAACAUUGAUGGCUACGUCCUGGUUUACUCGACAAACUCACAGAAAAGCUUUGAAGUGGUGCAGUUUGUGUAUGACAGAAUCCUGGACAUGAAGGGAACAAACACAGUGCCAGUGGUUUUGGUUGGUAACAAAAGUGACCUUAGAAUGGAAAGAGAGGUGUCCUUUGAAAAAGGCAAAGAAUUAGCAGAUUCCUGGAAGGCGCCAUUUCUGGAAUCUUCAGCUAAAGAAAAUCAGAGAGUUGAAGAAAUUUUCAAGUCCAUCAUCACAAGAAUAGAGCGGUCAGAAAACACAGGGCAAGAGAAGAGUGGAUGUGUGUUAUCAUAGACUUCUGGUAGUUAUACACGUUACAUCAUAUCACAUGCUUCUGCAACAGACAAGGACAGUUGGAACCAAGGAGGGUCUACAGUUACCAUGGCAACAUAUGUCUCAGAAACGCUGUCUUGUCAUUUCUUAUGAUGAAUGUCAUAUAUAUAUAUAUAAGAGUAUCUAAUUUUUCUCCCUUAUAUGUGACUUAUAUGACAUUACUCUCUUGUUAAAUACCAGUAUAUUGAUUAAAAUAAUUCACUUUAUUACUUAUUACUACCUUAUCAUGUCAAAAUAUAAUAUUAUUUUUAAUAAACCUUUUUUGUGACUUGAAUUGUAUUUUUUCAUAACAUGUAUCUAAAUUAAAAGUAUAUAAUCAUGAUAAAGAAACUCUAGUCCUCUCCUUCAAUGAAUGCUGAUUCUGCUACCUGUGUAUAUAGCUGUGAUUCUGAUUGAUUGUAUUACAGUUUGCUCAUCAAAUAUGCAGUGCUUCUGUGGUGAAAAAAACUUUACUAAUCAUUUUUUAGAAGCUUGUGAGACAUUUUCAGAUACUCUCUCUGAAUGGAAUAAGUGUAAAGUAGGAAGGGUGUUAUGCAUGAAAACUUCAUUGUCUUCGGUGUUCAGAGAUGGAAACUUUUCUUUAUCAGUGUCAUUGUGAACUGAAUCGGUGCAACUUUCUGUUACGUUUUCCUGAGUUAAUGACAUAGCUAGCAAGACCCCGAUAUAGCAGGUAACUUAUACAAUUACAAUGGAUGAUGCAUCUUAUUGUGUCUUUCUGAAGCACCCAGGGAAGCCUGAACAGAAAUUUCAGACUGCAAACUGUUUUUUUUUAACUAGGUUGAUAUUCUGUACACAGUAUGUCCUUCAGUUCUUGAUUUUCAUGUCUAUUUUUUUUUUAAAGACUUUGGUCAGGAGGCAGCUGGUAGAUGGGAAAAAAAUGAAAUGAAAUUGACAUGAAAAUGUAACUCUUAAAAUUCUAUGGACAUUAACAUGGUUUGCUUUUCUGGAAUGAAAAAAUGUAUGACAGAAGAAUAUCUUCUUUUUUUGUAGGGGAUGCAUAGGGAUUUUUUUUAUAUUUUUAGAGUCAAAAAGGAUAUUGUGUAAUAUAAGAUUUCAGAGACUAAAUGUUAGUCUAUAGGGGAUGCGGUGGGGUGCUUAGGUCAUUGAACGCCACCAACUAAAGUUAGUGGUUGUACUAUCAUUGCCAUGUGAGAAAUGUUGAUUGUGUUUCAAACCAUUAGCCUGUUAGGCAUUGAAGAGGAUGGUGAACCUGAUCCCCACUUCAUCACUAUGCAGCAUGGAGGCGUGGACCUGCCGGAUGUACUGCUGACAGGGGCAGGACGACAUAUGCAGGAAACAUUGUAAAGGAUAAUAACAUAGGAGUUGUCUGUUGAUCAGCUUGCUUUGGUGUCUCUGUCGCCACUGUGUGGAACUGUCCCACAACGCCGUCAUAGUGCCAGGCAGAUAAGACAUAUAAGUGUCAGAAAUAAUAAUCCUUUCACAAGUCCGAAAAAUGAUGUGCUAGACUGUUGUCUUCUUCAUAAUGGUAAACAUGGUAGGCCACAAGGAAAUGUCAUGAAGUUUACAAGUCUCAGACAUGCCGACUUAGGUAUAUUUGAAAGCUUGAGUGACUAGUGUCACAAUCAACUCAUUUCUCAGUCUAGUGACGGACCUUAUUGUUACGUCAGACACCCUGAUGGCCAAUGUUAGGUUCAGACAGACUCCCUGAUGGCCAAUGUUAGGUUCAGACAGACUCCCUGAUGGCCAAUGUUAGGUUCAGACAGACUCCCUGAUGGCCAAUGUUAGGUUCAGACAGACUCCCUGAUGGCCAAUGUUAGGUUCAGCCAGACACCCUGAUGGCCAAUGUUAGGUUCAGACAGACUCCCUGAUGGCCAAUGUUAGGUUCAGACAGACACCCUGAUGGCCAAUGUUUGGUUCAGACAGACUCCCUGAUGGCCAAUGUUAGGUUCAGACAGACUCCCUGAUGGCCAAUGUUAGGUUCAGACAGACUCCCUGAUGGCCAAUGUUAGGUUCAGCCAGACACCCUGAUGGCCAAUGUUAGGUUCAGACAGACUCCCUGAUGGCCAAUGUUAGGUUCAGACAGACACCCUGAUGGCCAAUGUUAGGUUCAGACAGACACCCUGAUGGCCAAUGUUAGGUUUAGACAGACUCCCUGAUGGCCAAUGUUAGGUUCAGACAGACACCCUGAUGGCCAAUGUAAGGUUCAGACAGACACCCUGAUGGCCAAUGUUAGGUUUAGACAGACUCCCUGAUGGCCAAUGUUAGGUUCAGACAGACUCCCUGAUGGCCAAUGUAAGGUUCAGACAGACACCCUGAUGGCCAAUGUUAGGUUCAGACAGACUCCCUGAUGGCCAAUGCUAGGUUCAGACAGACACCCUGAUGGCCAAUGUUAGGUUUAGACAGACACCCUGAUGGCCAAUGUUAGGUUCAGACAGACACCCUGAUGGCCAAUGUAAGGUUCAGACAGUCACCCUGAUGGCCAAUGUUAGGUUUAGACAGACUCCCUGAUGGCCAAUGUUAGGUUUAGACAGACUCCCUGAUGGCCAAUGUUAGGUUCAGACAGACUCCCUGAUGGCCAAUGUAAGGUUCAGACAGACACCCUGAUGGCCAAUGUUAGGUUCAGACAGACUCCCUGAUGGCCAAUGUUAGGUUCAGACAGACACCCUGAUGGCCAAUGUAAGGUUCAGACAGACACCCUGAUGGCCAAUGUUAGGUUUAGACAGACUCCCUGAUGGCCAAUGUUAGGUUCAGACAGACUCCCUGAUGGCCAAUGUUAGGUUCAGAUACGAGGGUUUGUAAGUUUCUUGUCACACCAAAGGCCCUUGCUUGAUGCCCCUCGUGGGUAUAGAAAGUCCAUUUCUGGUGAACCCCACCAUGAUAUUGCUAGAUACUGCUAAAAGCGGUGUAACACCCACCUCACACCACUCACUCACUCACUCCACUCACUCACUCACUCCACUCACUCACUCCACUCACUACAGUCGCCGUGGUACUAUGACUGUGUGUGACAGUUCCAGGUAGUGCUGUAGAUCUAAGAUGCUAUGACUUUAUCACCAUCUAAAUAUGAGACACUUUGUGUUAGUGAAGGUCCUUAUUAUCUGUUGGACAGUCACAUUGUUUGACUUAUCAUUGAAAAAUGUGCUUCCUUUGAUUUUGAUCUUUAAUAUUCCUAGAUGUCUAUUGUUUGCUCCUGAUGUUUUCUUUAAUGUGAAGUUAAUAGUGUAUUAAAUUUAAAUCAACUGGAUAUUUUUAAUGUAACCAAACGUUUUUCUUUGUUUGUAUAAUUUUACUCCAGAUUCCUAUACUCAGUUUCAAAGUAUAUGCAUCUUCUCAAGGCAAGGGAGUUAAAUAAAAGUCCAAACGAUGCUGGAAUUUCUGCUUUAUGUUUUGGCUGGACUAAGGAGUCCAAUCAAAAUAGCGUAACAAAAUUGACAUCCUGUUAGCAGAUUUUUGCAGAUUUGCAAAGCAUGUUUUCUGUCAACUUAGCGUCGACAUUUUUUCGAAAUGUUUUCAUGUGUUUAAUCAAGGUGCUUAAGUGUUUUGUUCCAAUCCACAUGCACUGGGUGUCUGUGUGGCAGGGAUUGUGAAACCUUUCUUCAAUUUAACCUAUCAGAAUGUUUUGAAUGAGCGCCGCCGUUUUGUUUGAAGCUAAUGCAAGUGAUAUGAGUGGUGGAAUCUGAUUGGUCAAUAGGAGAGAAAUAAAAGGGACAUGACUCGUAAUAGCCACUGGUGGGGCUACAAUUGAGCCAUGAAAUUCCAGCCUUGUUCGGCAAGGGUAGAAACUGGACGUUUAUAGUCCGUUAGCUUCCUUGCCACGGGAACAUGAAGUGUAUGUGGAUAAUGAUGAAUAUGAUGAGAGUGAUGAUGAUGAUGAUGAUGAUGAUGAUAAUGAAUUAAGGACAUAUAUAUGGAAAUGUAUCAUCACAUUAAGUGUAGUUUGAAAAGAGUGUCAGUGUAUGGCUUUAAAUCUGGAGCUACCUAAUCAUCACGACAUAAUAUUCAUUAGCUUUAUCAUACCACAGGUGAAUAAAUCUUGGACUUGGCAACAGUUUGCCAAAACAUAUAUAUUGAAACAUGUUUUUUUUAAUCAUUUAUAGUGAUACAGUUCUUAAUAUACAUAUUCUAAUUUAUGUUAUAUUGUACUAUGUUUGCUGCGCUAGCUUUCCUUUGUUUGACCCACUCCUCUAAGACGUUGCAAUAUGCUGUGAGUUGCGUCCUUUAGGCUUGUCAGAAACCUAUGAUCAUGGGUACAAAUCCCAGUUUGCCCUGAUAAUGUUUCUUGGUUUGUCAGCACCAUACACGUACCUGUGGGUUUCAUUAAAAAGGUAUGGAUCUUA